UUCAUUUUCAUUGCAUUAUGAGGUAAACGCUGGACGCUUCGGUCUGUGGUGAAAACUCGAUUUCUGGCUAAGGAAACGAGGAGGGACGUGUGUCUUUGAUGAGAAACUAUGACGUCACAAGGUGUCUCACCUUUGACUCGCAGCCGGAGCAUGGACUUUAUUCCACCAGACAUGUCUGAGCUGAGGGUGGCUCUUCUGGGGAACUGCUGGACACAGAGAUGCUCGGUGGAGAAUCUCUUAGUCAGAAAGAACAUGUUUAGGACAGAGUCACAAUCCUCAACAAAAGUCAGUGCUCCAGUUGGGGACAAAAAACUAACAGUCAUCAACACACCAGACCUUCUCCACUGUGACUUCACUGAAGAGGAGCUGAAAGACAAGAUAGAAGAGUUUGCAGGUGCCUCACAGCCUGGGCUCCAUGUGCUCCUGCUGGUCCUUCAGCCUGAAGACUUCACCUCACAGCAGCAGCAGAGGCUCCAGAAAGUGUUAGAGAUGUUCAAUGAAAACUCGUUUGAUCAUUCAAUGGUGCUGAUCUCCACAGACAGAGAAGAAAGUGUCACGUACACAAAGAACUCACCAUUAGGACAAAUGAUCAGGAAAUGCAGAUACAGAUUUAUGUGGAUGAAGAACUUUACUGAAGAAGAAGGAGAAGUUAAGGACUUUAAACUUGCAGAGUUGUUUUCACGACUGGGUCAGAUUGUCAAAGACAAUCAGGGCUAUAAUUUGACCUAUGAAGUAUUUGCAACUGCUCCUUCUCACACCGGGGACCAGGAGGAAACAGGCAGCAUCACGGCACAGGUUCAAAAAGAUGGACUGACAGCCAUGGUUCCAACAAAGAGCAACGCCUCAGAAACAAUCCAUGUUCCAACUAAUUUGGAAUUUCGUAUCCUUCUGUUUGGAAAAAAUAAUGACAAAAAGAAAGUUUUAAGUCAGUUUAUUACUGGAUCCAAGGCAUCUUGGAUUAGUACCCCAAAAGUGGAGCGUGGGGACUGGAGAGGAAAUCAGCUCACAGUGGUGAAAACUGCAGACCUCUUCAAUGUGUCUGUGGAAAAGCAGAGAAACGAAUUGAAGAAAUGUGUGUCUGAGUGUCUUCCAGGACCAAACGUUCUCCUGCUGCUGGUGAAGCCCUCUGAGUUCACUGAAGACGACAGAAAAACACUCAAGUUCAUCCUGACAAUGUUGGGUCCAGAUUCUUUUAAACACUCCAUUCUCGUCUUAACACACACAGAGGAAAUGACUCAGGCUGCUAACUCACUUCUUAAGGAUUGUGAGUUAAGACACUAUUCAAUACAAGACAAAAACCUCCAUAGUUUGAUGAAGGUUAUUCAGACCAUGGUCCAAACUAACAGAAGAUCUUUUGUCACUAUUACUGAGGGCUUCUCUAGAGAAAUAAAAACAACAUUAAAUGUGGUUCUUUGUGGGAGGAAAGGAGCAGGGAAAACGUCUGCAGCAGAUGUCAUGUUAGGACAGAGAACAUCUGGAGAGAGGAGCUCAUCUGAGUGCAUCAAACGUCAGAGGGAGCUGCCUGGACUGUGUCUGUCCAUAGUGGAGAUGCCGUCUCUCUGUGGUAGUUCUGCUCAGGCAGCGAUGGAGCAGUUCUAUAACAGUAUUUGUCUGUGUGACCCUGAUGGUGUCCACGCCUUUGUCCUGGUGUUACCUUUGAAUCCUCUCACUGAUGAAGACAAGGCUGAGUUUAAGAUACUUCAGGAGGUUCUGGGUCGUCGUGUUGAUGCCUUCACCCUGGUUCUGUUCACUGUGGAGUCAGAUCCUUCAGCUCCAGUUUACACUGACUUUGUGAGCAAGAACAAAGACCCGAAGGAGCUGUGCCAAAGCUGUGGUGGAAGAUAUUUCAUCUUCAACAUAAAAGACCAGAAGCAAGUUCGCCAAAUCUUAAAUGAAGUACAAAAUUUAACAACCACAGGACAGGACAGGAAUGUUCCCCAAAGUUACACCAGACAAAUGUUUGUUCAGACACAAAUAGAGAAGAUCUCAGCUCUACAGAGAAGCUCCUCUUCAACAGACACAAGAACAGUCUCUGGGGACACACAGUGUGCAGAGACUCUGAGGAUUGUGCUGAUUGGAAAGACGGGCAGUGGAAAGAGCAGUUCUGGAAACACCAUCCUGGGACGAGAAGAGUUCAAAUCAGACUGUUGCCAAACAUCUGUGACCAAACUGUGUCAGAAGGCACGGGGGGAGGUGGACGGUCGUCGUGUGGAGGUGGUGGACACUCCCGGUCUGUUCGACAGCACCAUGUCUAAUCAUGAGGUGAAUGAGGAAAUGCUCAAAUGCAUCAGUCUCCUGGCACCAGGACCACACAUCUUUCUGUUGGUGCUGCAAAUCGGAAGAUUCACACCUGAAGAGAAAGAAACUCUGAAUCUGAUCAAGACGGGAUUUGGAAAAGAUGCUGAAAAGUUCACCAUAGUUCUGUUCACACGUGGAGAUGAUCUGAAAAAAACUACAUUAGAAGAUUAUACUAAAAAUAAAUGUGACGAUUCUUGUAAGAAGCUGUUAUCUGACUGUGGGAACAGGUGCCAUGUAUUUAAUAAUUCAGAAGAAAAUGCAGAAAAACAAUCAGCCCAAGUGAAAGACCUGAUAAAGAAGAUUGAUGAUGUGGUGAGAGUUAACGGUGGAGGCUGCUACACAAGUGAGAUGCUCCAGGAGGCUGAGGCAGCCAUUCAGAAAGAGACACAGAGGUUAUUAAAGGAAAAGGAAGAAGAGCUCAGAAGAGAAAUGCAAGAAAUGAAGCAAAAACAUGACAAGGAAAUGCAAGACAUCAAACUCAGAAUGGAAGAACAAUCAAAAGAAAUUGAGAGAGAACGUCAAGAGAGAGACAAAGAACUCAAAGAAAUGGAGAGUAAUAUAAAAAGGGAGCGUACUCUGAGAACAGAAGAGCAGAAGCAGAGAGAGGAAGAAGACCGUCAGAGGGAAGAACAGGACAGAGUUAGGAGACACGAGUAUGAACAGAAGCUUCAAGAGUUAGAGAGGGAAAUUACAAUGGAAUCGAAAGAGAACUUUGACAAAAAACUGCAAGAGAGUAAAGAUAAAAUGGAACAAGAACGAGAGGCCUGGGAGGAGGAGAGGAAACAAUGGUGGGACAAUCGAUACAAGCAGGAUGAAAUAAGACGACAGGAGGAACAGGCAAGACUGGAGAAACUAGAACAAGAAUACAAGGACAGACUGGAAACUUACAGAAUUAAGAAAGAAGAAGAAGAUCAAAACAGACGUGAUGAAGAGGAGAAGCAGAAGAAGGAGCUAAAGGAGCGAUAUGAGAGACAAAUGGAGGAGCUGAAGGAGACAUACGAGGAAGAUGCUCGCAGGAAGGCAGAAGAGCUCAACGACUUUAAACUCAGGGAGAUCGACUUUGCAGCUCAGAUUGACAAACACUUACAGGAAAUUAAUGAUCUCCAGGCAAAGCUUCAACAAGGACAAGACGAUUAUAAAAGCUUAGAAAAGCUUAAGUCACACGAACAGACAACUCUGAAAAGUGAAAUAAACAAUCUGCACAAGCAACACAAGAAUCAGAUGAUUGACUUGGCCAUCGUGGUUUUGAGUAAAGAGAAGGAAAAGAGCAAUGAAGUUAGGAAGAUCCAGAUGCGUCACGCACAGGAACGGAGGGAUUGUGAAGAGGAGAAACGAAAAAUGUUUCAACUGAAGCAAAAAGAAGAAACUGAGAAGUUAAGGGAAAAAAACAGCGGCAAGAGAUGAGAGAUCUGAAGAAAGAGACCAAGAAAGAGGAUCUCUCAAAAGAAAGAAGCAGCUGUCUGAUGAACAUGAUGAACAACUUAAUCAGCUCAAGCUUGACUUGUGCAGCCGACUGAAACAAGAGCUGGAGGAAAGAAUGAA